UGUCAAGGUGCUGAAUUGGGCCUAUUUGCUCUUUAAGUGGAAACUUGGCACUCUUUAACUUGAGUACACGCUAACUUAUCGUAAUCAUCAUCUGGGUGAGGCUCUGAUACCACGGAGCAAAACGAGUAACCAAUGACCCCCUCGCUCAGUCAUCCCCGCACACACUGAUCUCACAGACGGAAACGGAGUGUACGAGCACGGGUUUACCGUGUUUUGUGAAGAGGAGUAAGAGUCUUGGAGCCGAUUUAAUUUUGACGACGUCGUAUCCGUGCGGAACAAACAUAACCGAAAAUGCCUAAGCCAAUUAGUGUUCGAAUCACCACCAUGGAUGCGGAGCUGGAAUUUGCCAUCCAGAGUGUCACUACAGGCAAACAGCUGUUUGACCAGGUGGUGAGGACAAUUGGCCUGCGUGAAGUGUGGUAUUUUGGCUUGCAGUACAUGGACAAUAAAGGAUUCAUUACGUGGCUGAAACUUGACAAAAAGGUCUCUUCCCAGGACGUAAAACGAGAAAAUCCCAUGCAGUUCAAGUUCCGUGCCAAGUACUAUCCAGAAGACGUGGCUGACGAGCUGAUCCAAGACAUCACACGCAAACUCUUCUUCAUGCAAGUGAAGGAUGCCAUCCUGAGUGAUGAUGUCUACUGCCCCCCGGAAUCCGCCGUGCUGUUGGCCUCUUACUCAGUACAGGCCAAGUUUGGCAACUAUAGCAAAGAAAAUCACAAGCCUGGCUACCUAACAGCAGAGCGCCUGUUGCCCCAGAGAGUGCUAGAUCAGCACAAGCUGUCUAAGGAACAGUGGGAGGAGAGGAUCCAGAUUUGGCAUGCUGAGCACAAAGGGAUGCACAAGGAUGAUGCUAUGCUGGAGUAUCUGAAGAUUGCACAGGAUCUGGAGAUGUACGGAGUAAACUACUUUGACAUCAAAAACAAAAAAGGGACCGACUUAUGGCUUGGAGUGGAUGCACUGGGACUUAACAUCUACGAGAAGGAUGACAAGCUGACUCCAAAGAUUGGAUUUCCCUGGAGUGAGAUCAGGAACAUUUCCUUCAAUGACAAAAAAUUUAUCAUCAAACCCAUAGACAAAAAGGCCCCGGACUUUGUGUUCUAUGCUCCGCGGCUCCGUGUUAACAAGCGAAUUCUACUGCUUUGUAUGGGGAAUCAUGAGCUGUACAUGCAGCGCAGAAAGCCUGAUACCAUUGAGGUGCAGCAGAUGAAGGCCCAGGCCAGAGAGGAGAGACAACAGAGACAGAUGGAGAGGGCUCAACUGGAAAAUGAGAAGAAGAGGAGAGAGGCCAUUGAGAGGGAGAAAGAGCGAAUUGAGAGAGAGAAACAAGAGAUGAUGACAAGGCUGUAUGAGUUUGAAGAGCAGAACAAGAAGGCAGAAAGAGAGCUGAGGGAACAAAUGGAGAGGGCUUUACAGCUGGAAGAGGAGCGCCGCAGGGUAGCAGAGGAGGCUGCACGGCUGGAGGCCGAACGACUUGCUGCUCUGGAGGCCAAAGAAGCACUGGCCAGGCAGGCUGAAGACCAGAUUAAGACCCAGGAACAACUGGCUGCAGAGUUGGCAGAGUAUACAGCAAGGAUUUCUUUGCUGGAGGAAGCUAAGAGAACGAAAGAAGAAGAGGCUGAACAAUGGCAAGUCAGAGCCAGAGAGAUGCAAGAUGACCUGGUGAAAACACGGGAGGAAUUAAACUUAGUGAUGUCAUCACCUCCAGCGGCAUCUCCAGUGGAGUACGAAAAUCAUGAUCAUGAGAACGAGCAUAAUGAAAAUGAGGAGAUCCACACCACUUACAGUGCUGAGUUCCACAUAGAUGGCAUAGUGGACCACCGCUAUGAGGAGGAACGCCUGACAGAGGCUGAGAAAAACAUGCGUGUGCAGAAACAGCUCAUGGCUCUGAGCUCAGAACUGGCUGAAGCGAGAGACAGCUCCAUGAAGACUCAAAACGAUCUUCUACACAUGGAAAACGUCCGCCUGGGCCGGGACAAGUACAAGACGCUGCGCCAGAUCCGCAUGGGCAACACCAAACAGAGGAUUGAUGAAUUUGAAGCUUUGUAAUAACUGAUGGUCUCUGUAAAUUGCUUAAGCUGUAGCAAACUCUGUACCUGGGUACAUUGCUGCUCUUUAAAAACAGGCGCUUCACAUAACAUUCAAGCCCACGUUUUUGAAGUUUCCUAAUAUCUGCGCAUUCACUAAAAUAAUUGAAUUUUGCCUAGAAGAGUACUGAUUAAUAAACAAGAUGACCUAUUGUAAAUGCAAGUGUCAGCCACCUUGCAUUAAUUAGUGAGACAAUCUUGCUUUCUGUGUCUAUGAUAAUCAGCUCCCUGCACUCAUAUGUAAACCAAGCUGGUAUAUGCACAGCCAUUGAGGACACCUCAUAUACAGCUGGACUUCAGUAUUCACAUUAUUCACAUUACUUCAUAUUCUUUUGGAUAAUUAUUUAGUUCAUAAUAUUUGUGCCAAAGUUUUUUUUUUUUUUUUUUUUUUUUUUAAGUGAAAUCAUGUGUAUGGUGACUUUUUUGAUUUCUCAUUCUGUAAAAAAAAAUGAGACAGACUAAGCUAUUUUUGAAAUCUUAAAGACAGAUCAAGAAUUAAUUAGUAUUAGCUUUAUUGUGUUGUGAUUUCCUUGGAAAUUGUUCUCCACAUAGACUGGUGACCAUAGGUGACCUUAGGUGACCAUUUCUUCACGUUCAAACAGCUUACCGUUUUUCCCUACAGAGUAUCUCAGAAAAUGUGUCAGAGUUUGAAUUUACAAUUUCUCUCUCUCACAUACAAACGCAUUAUUUAUAGAACAAUUUUGGUAAAGUGCCUUUUUAAAUUUUGCCUUUUAAUGACAUUUGAAUGAAAUUUUAAACCUAGCUUUUAUUUGAAAGAUGUGGUCUGUAGUCUGUGUGAUUCACUAAGUGUGAACACGUGAGUGUUUGAUGCUGUGUUGCUUCUGUAUAUCUGAUACUGGCAAAAAGAGGUGUUCGAUUUUCAUGAGACAAUAAAGAUCAACGACACGUCUACCA